AUGUGGAUACCGUGUCAGCAAAGAUACUCUGAGCUGUACUGUGUAUUGAGCCCUCUGAAUUAUCGGAGGCUUGAGCCCUCUGAAGUCUUUCGAAGUGGAAAGCACGAGGGAAAAUUCAGCGACUUUGAUGCCAAGGGUAUUCCUACGAUGCUCGAGGAUGGCUCAGCGGUUCCAGAGAAACAGAAGGCUGCUUUGACAAAGGAAUAUGAUGCCGCCAGGAAAAAAUGGGAUACACAUCAAGCUGCCCUAGCGAAGUACAAUCGAGACCUAGCAGAGUACGAAAAGCAGCAGAGUGGUGACAAUGAAGGCGUCCCUGAAAAGCAAAAAAGAGCUUUGAAGACGGUUGACAAGAAAAAGAGAAGUGGCCAGACGCAAAUCGAUGAAUUGCCGGAGGUAUUCAGAUUGCUCAAAGAAGAUGAAUUGCAGGUCGGAAGCCACGUGUGCUUUGGAGACAUCACUCAAGAUGAGUUGGACUUCAUUGCAACCUGUCUAGAAAGCAAUGAUGGCAUCCCACAUGAAGAGUUGAAAGCUUUCAUAGAAGCUCAAGACCUGCAGCUGACAGAUGGAAAGCCAACAAGUCUAGCCGGGUGCCUGGUUGCCAUGCGCCUGGAAAACUUUCAGACAGCGUCCAGUGUAGAACAGCUGAUGAGUCCUAGAACCUGGAGACUUCAGUUGGGCGGUGGAGAGCUUCCUGGAAGUGUGGGUGGGCGGGACACUUCGGAGUCCCAGCUGGCAGAUUCGCCCAGAAGCGACAGGAGCGAUACAGAAUCAAGUCCUGCAAGGCAUGCAGCAGUUCUGAAAGACAUCAAGCUAGCAGCUAGCAACAGCAGUGCGGUCAAGGAUCUCGACAGAAACACCAGCGAUAAGACGGAUAUCGAUGGAAGCAAGCUCGUCGCAGCUUUGGCCAAAGUCUACUCUGGUGUGAUGGAUCCUGCAAUUCCUGACCUCAGCUCCCGUUGCAGCAGCUGCUUCCAUGGUUUUCGAAAGCCCAGCAUUGGCAUCGAAGAAUACCUUGAGCGCUUGAGAGAACACUUCAGUUGCAGUGACUCCUGCUUUCUUCUUGCACUGAUCUACAUCAUUCGCCUUCUGGACUUUUGUCCAAAUUUUGUUGUGAAUGCGUUCUCUAUCCAUCGCCUGUUGGCCAUCAGCCUUGUGGUCAGUGUCAAGUUUCAUGAAGAUCAGAUCUAUAGCAAUACGUUUUAUGCAAAAGUCAGUGGCUUGCGGCAAGAAGAGCUUAAUGCAGGUGAAUUAGAAUUCUUGAAAUUGAUCAAAUGGGAUUGUGGAUUUUCACACGAUAUGAGCCAUCUCUACAAUGAGGUGCUCCAAAGUGCAGAGAAGGCCAAUCUCAGAGGUAUGGCGAACUCUGCCGGCCCUGCCCAUGAUUCAUGUGGUUCAGUUGAUUCAGUGGAGUUGGUUCAAUCAGAUAAUAAGUUCUGA